AUGGUUCAUGGAUUCUUCCCUCAGCUCGUUCCGAAGAAGCAGAAACUCUUCAAGUGGUUCUCACCACUAUGCAGCCACCGUCUGACUCGCGCGGACAAGACAUAUUCUUAUGGUGACUGGUCUUUCUCUAAAAAGUUCUCUUCAAAAGCUACUUGGAAUCUCUUGAGGGAGAGAUCCCCUGUUAUUACAUGGAGCAAUCUCAUUUGGUUCAAAGAAGCAGUUCCUAGAUUCUCCUUUGUAUCUUGGAUGUCAAUACUAGCAAGGUUGCCUACAAGGGACAUGCUUAUCUCAUGGGGAAUGACAGUUCCGGCAUCUUGUCCCCUGUGUUCCACGGGUCUUGAAUCACAUGCUCACUUGUUCUUCAGUUGUAACUUCUCUUCAGCUGUCUGGUCUCACUUUUCUGGCUGGAUGUUUUCGGCUCCACCGGUAUCUUUCGACUCUGUUCGGGCCAUCAUUGACCAGCCUCAGGUUACCUCAUGCUCUGGUGCAGCAGCUGUUAUUAAGCUCUUGAUGCAGGUCAUUGUCUACAGCCUCUGGAGAGAAAGGAACCAACGUAUCUUCCGGCAACCUUCCUCCACCGAAGCUGUGAUCAUCAGCAGAGUUGACCGGUUGAUGAGGGAUCGCCUCCUAUCACUUCUGCCGCCUUGUGAGGGCUCUGUCUCCUAUCUGCAGCUGUACUUAUCUUCCCGCUCAUUGUUCCCGCCGUAG